AUGAGCUGCAACGGAUGCCGAGUUCUCCGAAAGGGGUGCAGCGAGACGUGCAUACUAAGGUCGUGCCUGCAGGCGAUCGACUCUCCCGAAGCCCAAGGCAACGCCACUCUCUUCCUCGCCAAGUUCUUUGGCCGCAGCGACCUCCUUUCCUUCAUCUCCGCCGUCCCCGAACCUCGGCGCCCCGCUCUGUUUCAGUCUCUGCUGUUCGAAGCGUGCGGUCGUACGGUCAACCCGGUCAACGGAGCCGUGGGGCUUCUGUCGAGCGGGAACUGGCACGUUUGCCAAUCCGCAGUCGAGACGGUCUUGUCCGGCGGAGUUUUGAGGUCGUUGACGGCGGUUUUGACGCCGAGCCUCCACGAAUCUUCCGAGACGUCCAGUAGAGGCGCAUGCACGCUGCAAAACCUCUACUAUCCACCCGUACCGUCCGCGUACUACGACGAGGAGCGAAUCCAACCGUUCGAUGCGGGCCUCUCUCUGAAGCCGAAUCUCGCGGCGGGAGAACGAGGAAGAGGCGGAGGAAUGAGGAACAGCAGCUGUGUGAGUACUGCAGUGGGGAAGCGGCGAAGGGAUACGUUGUCGUUUAGUUCGGAAGAGUCAGUGAUGACGUCAACGACGGGCUUUGAACGCGGCGGGGGUCUCAAGGAUCGCAAGGUUUUGAACCUCUUUGUCUGA